UCCCUGCUGGGCUGGGAACAUGGCUUGCAGGAAGUUAUAGAGUAGCCCAUCUGUGAGGCCAGCCUCUCCCGUGGCUCCAACCCCGACAUUCUAGGUUAGCCCUCAGCACCAUCCAAGAGUGGAAUGCUGUGCUCUUUCCUCCUUCCACGACAUUAGAGGGCUUUCGGACAAAGGGAGGCUUUGUUUUCAUCACACAGAGCCCUGUAUUCACAAGUCCAGCCCCCAUAGCUCCAAGUGUGAUCUCAUUUAUGUUCAACCUCAGGGUUCCUGAGCACUUUGUGCUUCUAGUGGGACGGGGCAUACAAGUGCCACAAGCAGUCUGUCCCCAGGAUCUGCACAGCCAGUGCUUUUCAAGGAUUUUGGAAGAAGUUGACUGGCUGGAAGAAAGCUACAAAACAUGAAAGUCACUUUGAGGUGACCAGCAAGCACAGCGGUCCCUUGUGCCUCCCACGCUGGAUCGAAGCUUGAGAACUGUAACCUCAGAUGUGGGAACUCGGGCCCAGAGGGUGGGAGUGACAGCCCUGGUCCAAUCCUGUGGAGCUUGGAGCCCUUGGCAGCCCACUGGGCCACCCCUCUGCAGCAGGGUUUGGAGUUAGAGUCCCUUACAAGUACUUUCCUUCCAAUGGCGGACCAGAGAAUGGACAUCUCCUCCACAAUCAGUGACUUCAUGUCCCCAGGCCCCACCGACCUGCUCUCCAGUUCCCUGGGCACCAGUGGCGUGGACUGCAACCGCAAGAGGAAAGGCAGUGCCACCGACUACCAAGAAAGUAUGGACACAGACAAAGAUGAUCCUCAUGGAAGGUUAGAAUAUGCAGAACACCAAGGAAGGAUCAAGAAUGCAAGGGAGGCCCACAGUCAGAUUGAAAAGAGGCGUCGGGACAAAAUGAACAGUUUCAUUGAUGAAUUGGCUUCUUUGGUACCAACAUGCAAUGCGAUGUCCAGGAAGUUAGAUAAGCUCACCGUGCUAAGGAUGGCUGUUCAACACAUGAAAACGUUGAGAGGUGCCACCAACCCAUACACAGAAGCAAACUACAAGCCUACAUUUCUAUCCGAUGACGAACUGAAACACCUAAUUCUCAGGGCAGCAGAUGGAUUUUUGUUUGUCGUAGGAUGUGACCGAGGGAAGAUCCUCUUUGUCUCCGAGUCUGUCUUCAAGAUCCUCAAUUAUAGCCAGAAUGACCUUAUUGGCCAGAGUUUGUUUGACUACCUGCAUCCUAAAGACAUUGCCAAAGUCAAGGAACAGCUCUCUUCUUCAGACACCGCCCCCCGGGAGCGACUCAUUGACGCAAAGACUGGACUUCCGGUUAAAACAGAUAUAACCCCCGGGCCGUCCCGACUGUGCUCUGGAGCUCGCCGCUCUUUCUUCUGUAGGAUGAAGUGCAACAGGCCUUCGGUGAAGGUGGAAGAGAAGGACUUCGCCUCCACCUGCUCAAAGAAAAAAGCAGAUCGAAAAAGCUUCUGCACCAUCCAUAGCACAGGCUAUCUGAAAAGCUGGCCACCCACAAAGAUGGGGCUGGACGAAGACAACGAGCCAGACAACGAGGGCUGUAACCUCAGCUGCCUCGUCGCAAUUGGGCGACUGCAUUCACAUGUGGUUCCACAGCCGGUGAAUGGGGAAAUAAGGGUGAAAUCUAUGGAGUAUGUGUCUCGACACGCUAUAGACGGGAAAUUCGUUUUUGUAGACCAGAGGGCAACGGCUAUUUUGGCAUAUCUACCACAGGAACUUCUAGGCACGUCGUGUUAUGAGUAUUUUCAUCAAGAUGACAUAGGACAUCUUGCAGAAUGUCACAGGCAAGUUUUGCAGACAAGAGAAAAGAUCACAACUAAUUGCUAUAAGUUUAAGAUCAAAGAUGGUUCCUUUAUCACACUACGAAGUCGAUGGUUCAGUUUCAUGAACCCAUGGACCAAGGAAGUAGAAUACAUUGUCUCAACCAACACUGUUGUUUUAGCCAACGUCCUGGAAAGCGGGGACCCAACUUUCCCGCAGCUUACAGCAUCCCCCCACAGCAUGGACAGCAUGCUGCCCUCUGGAGAAGGUGGCCCAAAGAGGACUCAUCCCACUGUUCCAGGCAUUCCAGGGGGAACCAGAGCUGGGGCAGGAAAAAUAGGUCGAAUGAUUGCAGAAGAAAUCAUGGAAAUCCACAGGAUAAGAGGGUCAUCGCCUUCCAGCUGUGGCUCCAGCCCACUGAACAUCACAAGUACGCCUCCCCCUGAUGCCUCCUCUCCAGGAGGCAAGAAGAUUCUAAAUGGAGGGACUCCAGACAUUCCUUCCACUGGCCUACUACCAGGGCAGGCUCAGGAGACCCCAGGUUAUCCAUAUUCUGAUAGUUCUUCUAUUCUUGGUGAGAACCCCCACAUAGGCAUUGACAUGAUAGACAACGACCAAGGAUCAAGUAGUCCAAGUAACGAUGAGGCAGCAAUGGCUGUCAUCAUGAGCCUCUUGGAAGCAGAUGCAGGCCUGGGUGGUCCUGUUGACUUUAGCGACUUGCCAUGGCCGCUGUAGACACUACAUUUUGCUCUGGCAACAGCUACAGUAUCAAAGUGCAUUACUGGUGAAGUUUUACAGUCUGUGAAGCUUACUGGAUGGGGAGAGAACAGCUUUUAUGUACUGACUCCAUAAAAGCCAUCUCAGAGCCAUUGAUACAAGUCAAUCUACCAUGUGUAACUUCAGACAAAGUGGAACUAAGCCUGCUCCAGUGUUUUCUCAUCAUUGAGUUUGGGCUAGCUGUGGAUAGCUUGCAUUAAUUGUAUAUUUUGAAUUUUGUUUGUGUUGAAUUUUUUAAUCAUUGUGCACAGAAGCAUCAUUGGUAGCUUUUAUAUGCAAAAUGGUCAUUUCAGAUGUAUGGUGUUUUUACACUACAAAGAAGUCCCCCAUGUGGAUAUUUCUUAUACUAAUUGUAUCAUAAAGCUGUUUAUUCUUCCUUGUAAGAAUCCUUUACUAUAAAUAUGGGUUAAAGUAUAAUGUAUUAGACAGUUAAAUAUUUUUAAUAAAUGUUUCCCUUGUUCUAUAAA